AUGAGGAGAAUCGCCUCUGCCGCCCUAACGAGCCGGGCAAUCGGGAGGUCAGCUGGCCACAGGAUCUCGUCAUCACAUCGGGACCCUUCCAUGCUGUUCCACCAUCAAAUCUCUUCCAAGGCCGAAUCAAUCGAGGGCGGAGCUAAAAUCAAAGGUUCGGCGCGACCAAGUGAUUCUCUGGUAGAAUCGUCGAGAAGCAAGGACAAAAAGACGAUAGCGCAGCUUGACGAGGAGCUCAGGCUACGUCUGGAAGGCAUGUCGGGUGAUGGUGGCGCUGCUGGUGUCGAGUAUGAGAAUGGGCGAGCUGAAGGCCUGAAGAGCGAGGUGAAGAGGAACAUGUUCAGAAUCAUCUGA